AGCCAUUUUUUUAAACAGUGCCUUUAAAGCUUGGUUUAGUUGAUUUUCUCUGGACUCUACCUGGUGCCGAAGUGAAUCUUUGUUUUGCUGUAUAAAGGUGUAAACGUGUAGCAAACAACGCAGCGUUCGAUAAAAAGUGAUACCGCGAAGGCUAGCUACUAAGACAUUGACCAGGGCUUGUCUGCUACGCGCGAAAAAAUAACUGCAAAUAACGGGCAAGCAGGUAGUAGGUGGCUGGCAGACGAGAUCGCGGAUGAUGAACAUUAAACGUCAUCCAACCCACUAGCACAUGGCUACCGGUUCGUGAAGUGCUAAAGAAACAAAGGAGAUAUAAUUCAGUCGUACGGUACAGUUUUCAUCAUUCGGACGCUGGUCCCAGGAUACGGAGUGUUCCCUAAUAUUGGAUAGCCUUAUCCAGCCACAAAGUCUAGUAGAUACAUACGAAAGCAGUGAAGUGUUUCUUAAGCAGUGAGACAGCCGCUACGAGUGUCGCGUGCAACAGUGUUGCAAAAUUUUGACGAAGUGUUACAAUCCAGUGUCAGUAUCGAGGAGAUACUGAGUUCGAUUCGAAGUUGUUACGCAAAAUCCGACCGAUUAUUUGCGCUGUCCGCAAAAUGACCGAUUCCAGCAGCACAUUGGGUGAUACCGACCGCAUCGUUACGAACCGCGAAAUCUACUGCCAUGGCAACCUGCUGCAUACGGUGCAGAUGAAGGGUAUCUACCCUGAUUCGAAAACUUUUGUCGACAUGAAGAUGCGAAAAUCGCCCAACGAUACGCUGGCCUCGUUCAAGGAUUUCAUGGAUCAGAAGCAGAACGAACCGAGCAAACAGGAGGUGCAAGCCUGGGUGGAGGAGAUGUUCGACAAGCCCGGGGCGGAGUUCGAAAAUUGGAUUCCGGAUGAUUGGAAAGAAAGUCCGGCCUUUCUUCAAGGCAUUAAAGACGAAGAGUUGCGUCAAUUUGCUAGUAGUCUAAAUCAAAUUUGGCACGAGUUGGGACGCAAAAUGAUCGACGACGUCGAGAUCAACUCGGAACAGUAUUCCAUCAUUCCCGUUAAGCAUCCGGUGAUUGUUCCAGGAGGACGAUUCAGAGAGUUCUACUAUUGGGAUUCGUUCUGGAUUGUGAAAGGCUUGCUACUGUCGGAAAUGACCCAUACGACACGUGGUAUGUUGGAGAAUUUCUUGUCCAUCAUUCAGCGGUACGGUUUUAUUCCGAAUGGUGGUCGAAUCUACUAUAGCAUGCGAUCGCAACCACCGCUGUUGUGUGGUAUGGUCAAAGCCUAUGUUGACGCAACCAACGACACCACAUUUGCAGCAAAUUCCGUUGAAACGUUGGAACGCGAAUUCGAAUUUUUCAUGAACAACUACAUCGUAGAGGUUAACGGGCACCAUCUGGCAGCCUAUGGCUACAAAUCACUCGGACCUCGUCCGGAGUCCUACCGCGAAGAUGUGCUCAGCGCUGCAGUGUUCGAAAAAGAAGAAGACAAGCAGGAUUUCUACUGUGAACUUAAGGCGGCUGCCGAAAGUGGGAUGGACUUUAGCAGCCGAUGGUUCAUCAAGGAUGGGACGAAUGCUGGAACCCUAACGGACCUCAAGUGCCGAUCAAUCAUCGCCGUAGAGUUGAACGCCAUUCUCUACUGGAACGCAAAAAUUAUUUCAGAAUUCUACAAACUAAAAAAUGACCUCCAAAAAGCAACCACGUACGAAGCGAAAGCGGAUGAAAUUAAGAAAGCCAUACAGGUAGUUCUGUGGAACGAAAAGGAGGGCAUCUGGCAGGAUUACGAUCUGAUCAACAAAAAACAUCGGGACUACUUCGUUCCCACCAAUCUAUCGCCACUGUGGACGGGAUGCUAUGACAAAGAAGACACUACUUUGCCUAAGAAAGUUCUUGCCUAUAUCGAGCGGCUUAACCUAGACCAAUACCCAGGAGGUGUCCCAAAUACGCUUUCCAACACAAACGAACAGUGGGACUUCCCAAAUGUUUGGCCACCGAUGCAGCACAUGCUGAUUAUGGGCUUGGAUGGAAUGGACAGUCAGGAUGCGAAAGAUCUAGCCUUCAAAUGGGCCCAGCGUUGGGUACGAAGCAACUACAUUGCGUACAACGAAACCAGUGCCAUGUUUGAGAAGUAUAACGCAGAGGAACUUGGCGGUCAUGGCGGUGGCGGUGAAUACGAGAUUCAAAAGGGAUUCGGUUGGUCCAACGGAGCGGUAAUGGAUCUGAUGCACAAGUAUGGCGACCGGCUAACGACAGAUGACAGUAAAAACAACGCCGGUGCCCUGGUGUCAUUUUCGGUAAAAACAGGUAUCUUGGCAACGAUCGUGGCAUUCUUUGUUGGCAUUGUCGGGUAAGGAAUCGAUUCACUUAACUAAUUUUAAGUGACAGACGUUGAUGACGCCACCCUUCAUAACGAAAGACCAGCAAACCGUACAAAACUAAUGUCAACCGUAUCCUCGCAAAGAUCAAACCAAAACGUGAUAUUGAAAUCGACUAUAAGUGCAUGGCAUUUUAUGUGAAUGAAACCGAAACAGGACGUGCUACAUUCCUAAUAAGAUGCAUUUAAUGUAAUCAAUAAAA